AUGGCUGCGACUAACAUGGCCGUAGAGGCACCAGCCGGGCCGCCGCAUGCUACUCCGUCCUUUUCUAUCUCUCCGGCACACCUGGCACAGCUCCAACCGCACACAUUCGCCCUCGCACAUCUCCAACCCUCCCCCUCAAGCUCGCGGCCAUCAAUACGUAUAAAUGGCAGGACUGACGCACAGUUUCGCCCGGCUUCCGUGAGCACCGGCUCACUUACACAUACCAAUGGCAGCGCUGUUGUCCGUAUAGGUGACACUGCUGCCGUUUGUGGUGUUCGCGCGGAGAUCCUCUAUACCGAUGAUAUCGCGUCCUGGAACGUCACAUCAGCUUCGUCUUCGCGAAGCACAAAACGGAGAAAGACAGAUAAUACAAAUACUCUAUCUGAAUCCGGCCAGGAGAUCAGUAGUGAAGAUGACGACUCGGAUAUACAAUCGCUCAAUUUACUCGUUCUAAACCUGUCGUUGAGCACUGGUUGUUCGCCAAGUAUAUCUGCCAGCGCACCGCCUACGGCCCUUGCGCAAUCCCUAUCACAUCAGCUUCUGUCUAUCCUACACAGCACGAAGUUGGUGCGCGCCGACGACCUGCGAAUAUGGUACACGCCAACUCAGGCCAAAAACUCCUUCUCUACAAGCGGGGGCGAAGAUGUUGAGAUGGGUGAUGGAGAGAAUGCCCCCGAACCGACUGUGGCACAGGAGCCAGAAAUUAAGGCUUUCUGGACUCUGUAUAUCGAUAUCCUGAUGGUAUCCCUUGCCGGCAAUCCAUUUGAUGUAGCCUGGGCAGCAGUAGUGGCAGCGCUUCGAAACACUAAGCUACCCAAAGCGUGGUGGGACAUGGAGACCGAAAGAGUAUUAUGUUCAGACAGUAUCUCCGACGCUAGUAGCUUACGAUUGCGCGGAAUGCCCAUUUCAAGCUCCUUUUGCGUUUUUGAGGCCCAUGGAAUGGGUGAUUGGAGGCGGGUUUUUCUCCCAUUUGAGCAACAAAAGGGGAGAGGGAAGAAACUAGGUGCCUCCGGUAGUAAUGACGCAGACGAAACUUAUGAUAAAUGGAUUUUAGCGGAUCCUGACGCCUUUGAAGAGUCUCUUUGCCCAGAACGUGUAUGCGUUGUGUUGGAUGCAAGCUCGAAUGUCAAAAUCCUAAGAUUAGAGAAGAAUGGCGGCUUUUACGUGGGCAAGGACGAGAUGAAGGAUAUUGUCAAUUUGGCCACGGCCAGGUGGAAGGAAUGGAAGAUACUACUAAAAGACUAA